UAGGGCUUAGCGUCUUUUCGCCUAUCUGUAGAGGAUAUCAGAGGGCAACGUUUCUGCCAUGAAAUAGGACUAAUCAACUUAGUUGAAUUCGUAUUUAAGGCAAGGUGAAUUAAUUAAGACGGUUUCUGAAACAGUCGUCAGAUGUGCUUUUAAAUCUGCAGCCAGAGGAGCUUCCGCAAUUGAAAGAAAAUCUUUGGAUGGUUCUUCCACAAGCAAUGUCAAAACCAAGAAGACUUCAGAGAGGAUACAAUGGACCCUACAGAACCUCGUAAAUGUAUUCCUCUGUCUGGUGAACCUGGUACUCCGGAAGAAAGGCAUUUGUGCCAGCUCUCUACUGGAAUGACAUUAGAAGAACUCCAUCAGUGGCGAGAGAUAUUGAUGAUAAAUCCAACGAUGGCCAUGAAUCCUUUACUGACGGCACCAGGGCAGCAGAGGAUGCCACUGGUUCCUUCAUCAUUUGAACCUCCAACGGUGGAUCGAGAUUUAUUGUCUUCCACUGUAGCUCCUGCUGACCCAAGACAGUUUUGUGUUCCUUCCCAAUUUGGAUCCUCUGUUCUACCAAAUGCAAAUAUGCCGAACAUGCUAUCCAAUCAUGUCUACUCAGGUUGGGGCAUUUUACCACCUGAAUCCAUAAAGGCAAUGGCAAGAAGGAAUGAAAUGAUUCAAAGGCAGCAUACUGCCAGGAUGGAAAUGGAAAUGCAUGCAUUUUACCAGCAAAGGAGAAUAGAAAAAGUGAAUCCCAAGGGACUAGCAGGACCAGGGAUACCAUUCCUCUAUAGCUCCAGCAUCCCUCCUGGCCCAGCCAACUACCAUGGCAGGAGCAUGCUCCCUGCCAGUGACCUGCAUUUUCACAGAAGCACCCUGAGAAACCUUCAGGGAACCCCCACGCUAGUGGCAGCUGGUCCACAUUUUCUAGAAAGCUGGGGUCAGAAAUGUCGUCGUCUCAGGAGAGGUGCUGGGAAUCAGAAAGUUCUAGACAGCGAUACUGAGAGCUCUAAAAGUCAAGGAGAAGAAAAAAUCUUAGGCCAGACUCAUGUGAUUCCCUAUGAAGAGGAUGAAUUUGCAAAAGAACCAGAAACCGAAGCUCUCAACAAUCAGAAGUCAAGGGAAACCAAUGAAAAGCCAGCUCUUGGCAACACCUGUGGGGAGCUCGAGCCCACCCAUAAAAAACCUUGGGGAGCUCAUGGUGCUCCCCUAGAAGCAAAGGCCUGGGAUGGUGCAAAGGAGAAGACUUCAGAGCAAGGCUUUGCAGCCUGUGGUGAAAAGAAUGGGGUUUGUCCCCCAAUUCCUCGACCGUCUCUGCCAGGAGCGCACCCACUGGUUACAAUUGGGGAAAAUCUGUCUUUGGAUGAAGAUAUUCAGAAAUGGACCGUGAAUGACGUGCACAACUUCAUUAGGGGCCUUCCAGGUUGUUCAGAUUAUGCUCAGGUAUUUAAAGAUCAUGCCAUUGAUGGAGAAACCUUGCCAUUACUCACCGAGGAGCAUCUUCGCAGCACUCUGGGAUUAAAGCUAGGGCCGGCGCUCAAGAUUCAGUCGCAGGUAUCUCAGCAAGUGGAAAGUAUGUUGUAUAAGAAAAGUCUUUUACUUCCUACCCAUACAAAACAACCAUUUGAUCAACCAGCAGAUACAUCCCCUCUUUUGGAUUUUAAUUCCUGGGGUGAUACAUUGGAUGUCCCUUGUUCCCAGGAUAUAACAAUUCCUAAAUGAAGCGAACAAGAUAGCAUGAGAAAUUAAAACCCUCAAGGAGCAAGAACAGUCUUAAUCAGUUUUCCAAAGAGUCCAGGACAUUCUGAAGGGUGUGUGAGGGUUUCCCAAGAUGAGAUGGAAGCUGGGAAGAAGAGAAAGCCAGCCCUCCUGGAGCCCUUAAGGAGGCCUUGUCCGAGAGCCUUCCUAAUGUGACUUCAGCCCAAAGUGGCUGCAGGUGUAUCCUUGGAAGCAAAUGCUGAAUGAAGGAGAGCAUUUGCAAACACCAAAAAAGCUACAGUUGGAUGAUUCCAUGAGGAAAUCUCCUAAGAAGCCAAAAGAACCAAUACUGAAAAAAAAAAGAGUUCCUUAUCUCCCUUCACUCAUUUCCCAUCCCCCAACCCAGAAAGAGACCAAGGCAAUCCUGUAGAGUUUAAAGAUGUAGAAGAAAAAGUGGCAAAGUACAAAAAUGAGAAAGAGAAGCUGACCACAAGGCCUCCACUUUUUCUCACUUCAGGCUUCCAGGCUGAAGAAGGACCAAGCCAGGGAAGAACAGAAGGUUUAACCUUUCAGUUCAGAGAGACUGUUACUCAGCAUUUUCUUUCUGACAUGAAAUUGUCAUGACUCAAAAUAACUCCUAAUUAUCUGAGACGGAGAUGAAAAGUAACAGUACCCACCUCAGAUUUCCCACAAAGGGUGGGGAUAGAGUUAUCUCUGCAAAGCAGGUUUGAAUUGGCUGGAGGGAGGGGAGAAGAUGAAGGUGACUUUCUGCUUGUCCCCAUGGAGUUCCUCUCAACUUUACACUUAACAGAAAGCCUCUGAAAAGAUACACAAGAAAAGGCUAGGAGUUUGCUCAAGGAAGGGACUGGCAAGAGGGGCAUGAGGGAAACUUAGCACAUACCCUCCUGUACAUUUUAAAUGUCCAACGAUGAGAAUGCAUUUCCUAUUUUUAAAAUUUACAUUUAAAAUGAAGAAACUGUAGCGGGCAGCCUCGAAGAUAGCCCCCAAUGAUCCCUGCUUCCCGGUCCCUGUGCCCUAGUGUAACGCCCUCCCCUCUUAGGUGGGAUGGACUUACUGACUCUUUUCUAGCGAACAUAAUAUGAAAAUCAUGAUGGAUGUCACAUCUUUGGUUCUUCUGUCUGGGAUGCUCUUUCUCCCUCUUUGGAAUCCCUGCUCUUGAGGGAGCCAGCUUCUAUGAGUCCAGGCAGCCCUGCUGAGAGCCUGAGUGAUGGAACGUGGAAACAAAUCUUCUGAGGCUUGUCAAAAGCCACAUUAAGGAACUUGAACGUGGCUUCUCCUCAAUGAAGCAUUGAGAUAAUUACACAUGCAGCUUCUGCCUACAGCUUGAUGGAGGGCCUGAACCAGAGGUCUCCACUGAGUCGCUCCUGGAUUCCUGACCCGCAGAAACUGCAAAAUAAUAAAUGUGUUGUUUUCAGCCACAAA